AUGGAAUAUUUCUCUGGCACACUUAAUAUUCGAAUAUAUGAAGCAGCUGAAUUAAAACCGACAGCUUGUGCAACUCGUCAUGCGGUUGGACCAGCUGCUAAAUUAUAUGAACUUUUAGAUCCCUAUGUGACAAUCGAUGUGGAUGAUAAUGCAGUUGGUAAAAGUUCCACAAAAUCCCGUACAAAUAUACCACAGUGGAAUGAAGAUAUUUGUGCAAGAAUCAAUUAUGCUCAACAACUUACAUUUACUGUAUAUCAUGAUGCUGCUAUUCCCCCUGAUGAUUUUGUCGCCAUCGUUGAGUUGGCUUUACGAGAUGUUCGAUUUGGUGAAGAUAUGUGGUUGGAAUUGGAACCUCAAGGAAAAUUACUUAUACGUAUUGAUUUGGCUGGUACGAGAACAGAUGAACCGCCAAGAGACCGUCCAGGAUUUCCUAGUCGAGAUAGUGCUAUUGGCGGCGUACAUGGAAAGCAUUAUCGUUGUGGUGCACUUCGUCGUAGAAUUCACCAAGCAAAAGGUCAUAAAUUUCAAGUUACAAGUUUGCGCCAAUUUACAUUUUGUUCAUUGUGCAAUGGAUUUAUUUGGGGUUUAUGGAAUCAAGGUUAUCAGUGUCAAGUAUGUACAUGCGUUGUUCACAAACGUUGCUACUUAAAUGUAAUAACUCAAUGUCCUGGUGUAAAAUCACCUCCAAGUUGUCCAACAGCUGCUCUCCAAAGUCGCUUCAAUAUUAAUGUUCCUCACAAAUUUCGAAUUCAUACAUUUAUGCGUCCAGCAUUUUGUGAUCAUUGUGGUUCUUUGCUAUUCGGUUUAAUGCGUCAAGGUUUACAAUGUGAAGUUUGUCGUUUAAAUAUUCACAAAAGAUGUGAGAAAAAUGUUGCAUCACAUUGUGGAGUAAACACACGUAAUCUAGUAGCUGCAAUUCGACUAUGUGGACUUAAUCCAUCGGAUCUAGGUGUUAGCCCAUCAGGUACAACUACACUGACACCAGGACCUGGAGUUACCGGUCCAAGUCGAACCGCAAGUACUACAAUCUCUUCAGUUCGUCCUAUAUCGGCUGGUUCACGUGGUGUUGGUCCUUUCGGUGCUUACGGUGAUGUCGUUUUCUCAACUUCACCUGGACCUUUAAAACCAAGUAAAGGUGAUACCGGUUUUUCUAGUUCCUCAUUAAUUGGAGUCGCUCCUCACGAAAGAUCACUUAGUUCUCCUAUUUCCAUGCCAACAACAGAUCUCAGUAGUAGCGGUAUUGGUCGUGGUGCUCCUGGUGGUGGUAGCAUGGACAUAGAUGAGUCGAGCAGUAGAUAUGCAGCAUUAGAUCCCACAUCUGGAAGUGGUUCACUGAGCACUGCAGGACCAGUCGCUGGUCGACAUGGAAUGCCUGCUCAAAGACCAUCUUCAUUACAAGACCCUCCCGAUGCACAUGGAUGUACCACAGCUUCACAGAUUCCUUGUUUAAUGGAUUUUACAUUUCUCAAAGUAUUAGGCAAAGGUAGUUUCGGGAAAGUAAUGCUUGCUGAGUAUAAAUCAACUGGUGAAGUAUUUGCUGUAAAAGUUUUAAAAAAAGAAGUUAUAUUACAAGAUGAAGAUGUGGAUUGCACUUUAACCGAAAGACGUAUUCUUGUUUUGGCUGCACAUCAUCCAUUCUUGACGGCUCUCUAUUGUGCAUUUCAAACCGAGGACCGUCUAUUUUUUGUCAUGGAAUAUGUGAAUGGUGGUGAUUUAAUGUUUCAAAUACAACGUGCACGCCGAUUUGAUGAGGCUCGUGCAAGAUUCUACGCUGCGGAAGUUAUCUUAGCUUUAAUGUUUCUGCAUAAUCAUCAUAUUGUUUAUCGAGAUUUAAAAUUAGAUAACAUUCUACUGGAUGCUGAAGGACAUUGUAAAUUAGCUGAUUUUGGUAUGUGUAAAGAAGGUAUGAAACCGGGGCGAUCAACAUCAACAUUUUGUGGUACACCGGAUUAUAUUGCACCAGAGAUUCUUGCUGAACUUGACUAUGGAUUCAGUGUUGAUUGGUGGGCCUUAGGUGUAUUAAUGUAUGAAAUGAUGGCUGGUGCUCCACCAUUUGAAGGUGAUACAGAACAAGAUUUAUUUAAUGCUAUUUCUUAUGAAGAAGUUACUUAUCCGCCAAAUUUGAAUCCAGAUGCUGUAGAUAUUUUAUCAAAAUUUCUAGUCAAAUCACCAUCUCGAAGACUUGGAUGUGUACCAGCUGAUGGUGGAGAGUUAGCUAUCCAACGUCAUCCAUUCUUUAAAGAAAUAGAUUGGCAAAUAUUGGAAGAACGUCGUGUACGACCACCAUUUCGUCCAAAAGUUCGUUCUAGAAUAGAUACAAGCAAUUUUGAUAAGGAUUUCACUACUGAAGAACCUGUUUUAACUCCAUCGGAUAAUUCUUCGGAAUUGGCCGCUAUAGCUCAAGAUGUUUUUGCUGAUUUUGACUGUUUUAAUGUGGACUACAGUGUCAUGCGAUAUCAUACAACACGACCCAGUCAACAACAGCCUUUACAAUCUGUUAUUGGAGGUCUAUAUACAUCAAGUCCAACUUAUCCAAACAGUGGAUCUUUCGCACCAUCACCACCACCAUCAACUGUAUUGAGUAAUUCCCCUAAGGCGAUGGCGGCUACUACCUGUGAAAGUAGUAACAGUAGUCAUGUUCCGUCCACUCCAGAUCCUUGCAAUCCUAAAACAAAUUCUCCACUUUCAUUUCCCGAUAGUGGUACAUCUUGUCUAUCUCAUUCAUCAUGUAACACUUCACGAUUGACCAUUCCAUCUGGACAAAUUAGUAAUUCUUCUAUUCCUCCUACUCAUAGUGCACCGACUUCUCCAACCCGUUCUCAUUCCAAUAUCACAGCUUAUGGCGAUAAAGCAAUGACCAAAUGGCUUGCUCAUUGA